AUGUUUGCUUUGAUAGGUCACCCAUUACCCCUGUAUACUCCCUAUCGACCAACAACUCCAACGUUAACAUCUGAGAUUCGCGCAGCCUCAUCAAGCACAACGGAUCAUGCUCCGAGUUUGACAAACAAAACAAAUACAAACCGGGAAAUUCCCUUGGAGAAAGAAUCAAUCCAAGUGUCAGUUCCAACCCCAGAUGUGACUCUAAAAGCAGAAGAGUGUGGUCUGCACCACCAGUCAUCAUCGAUGGUGAAAAAUAUUAAGAAGUUGGUUACCGGUGACACGAGUUCAUCUGGCAGUGGGAGCAGUAAAGUUUCACUUGCUUUUGCCGGUAAACAAUUCACUAUUGGCGGAAAGCAAUCUGCUCCCGGAGAAAAAUCUCCCAGCUCCACUUCCAGCACCAGCACCAUUUCGAGUUUGGUAAUUGGAAGGCGACGACCAUUGAGUAGCCGAUUGUCCCCGAGUAGCAGACCAGAUUCCAUGUCAGCUACUGAUAGUGCGAAAGUGAAAGACCCUAUUGAUUUAGAUGACUACACCUACAUUGACACAGAUCCUUCAGUUAUUCAAGUGGAUAUCCUUGGGCGCAGUGUGGUUGCUGCCCCAGGUGGGAAAAAAUUCCGACCACCACUGUGGUGGACACGAGAGCGUUGCUGGAUGCAUCGACAACUAUCCGUGAUGCAAGGCACCAGCUGUGUGGUAACCAAUUUGACCACUGACGCCAACGCACAGCCGGACACCAGUCACGCGCUUGACAUAAACAGUCUUGAAUUUCCCAGUGAACGCUUAUUGAGCAAACUGACGCCUGAGUUUCGUACGGUCGCUGAGGAAAUCCACUGCUCCGCUACUGUCGAUUUAGUCGGCAAGACUUACUCGGGAAGUUGCGAGCUGAUACCCUCAGGAGAGCACAAUUAUGAUUUCCAAUUCACUCUUCCGCGCUCGUGUCCGUGUUCCUUUUCUGCUGCCCGCGGCAGUGUGGAAUAUCGCAUUAGUGCAGUCAUGCAACAUUCGGACGGGCUACGUCAACAGGUCGCUCAUGGAUUCCGAGUGAUUCGGGAUCUGAUUAUUGAUCGGAACGCUGACAUUCCAAGUACGUAUGCCUGUCCACCUAUCAGUCGAAAUUUCGUGAGUAGCUUUGACCUUUUCACUUCAAAUGAGGACAUGAGCCCACUCAUCAAUUUGGUAAAACAGCGUGCUGGCUGUGAUCCGGUCAACGAACCGAAUAAAAAAUGGGAUUCCUCCGAGCGGAACGUCCAUCGGCCACGGCAAAGCCUGUGGACCGUCGAAUCUAAUUUGAAACGACCGCAUUUGCAUAACUGGAUUUUUUGCGGGAAGAGACCGGUGCGUGCUUCAUCUUUGUCAUCAUUGUGUUGUAACCGUCCCGGGGUUGAUCAAAAAUAUCACACCUCUAUUGAGGCCAGACGUUUGAGUAAACCAGGUGAAACAACAAAACUUAUAUGUGAUGAUGAAGCCAUUCACUUCACACUGAAACCAACCACCUGGAAGCAAUAUGUUCAUCAGUGGUUCACGCGUCCCAGAUCGUCCACCUCAAAAAACAACAUGAUCAGAAAGCUUGUUCGAAUAAGUCGAUGCACAGACAACACUUAUUUAUUGCCAUCCUCAUGGAUUUCUCGCUCUUACACGUCAAGCUACGGAUCCCAUCCAAGUGCUGCACUCGGUUCGCAAACGGGUUAUGCCGUUUCGUGUCGNUUCGCCCUUAUCCUAGCUCCGUCCACGGAUUUGGUUAGUCCGGAUAAUUUCCAGUGGUGUGCCUUAUUCAGUGGCCCUUGUUCCAGACGUUCUAAACGAAUGUGGAGCCCUUUGGCACGAGCUUUUGUGUCCUAUUUUCUGGAGGACUGUUUUCAUAAACGAACUGACGGGAUCGAGCGAUACACCUCGCGUGCCUGGUGGCGAAGUAUUGUUAAACAACCAUAUCGAAUAUUUCUUGUCUUGCGACAGGUAGCUGGUUCCAGUGGUUGUACCCAUACCGUGCCUCCUGAUCUGAGUGAGCACAGAGGUUGA